CAGGCGGCGCUCGACGCACGUCACAACGACAACAGACAACAUGGCGGCUUCUGAAACGGUCCCUCCGCUGUUUGUCGUCGCGUUGUUUCUCUUGCAAAUUGCUUCCUCGACGCUUUUCCCGGAGCCUUGUUACAAACCCGUCACAGACGACAGGCCGGACUCCGUGAGGACUGGGGUCCGGCCACAUGAGCGUCUCAAUGUGUCUGACCUUCCUCUUUCUUGGGACUGGAGAAACAUUAAAGGGAAGAAUUAUGUGAGCAUUACAAGGAACCAACACAUCCCCCAGUACUGCGGCUCCUGCUGGGCCAUGGGAGCCACCAGUGCGCUAGCAGACCGUAUCAACAUCAAGCGUGAAGGUGCGUGGCCGCUCGCCUACCUGUCCGUUCAGAAUGUGAUUGACUGCGGGAGGGCGGGCUCUUGCUAUGGAGGAGAUCACCUGAGAGUCUACGCUUAUGCUCACGAGAGCGGCAUUCCUGAUGAAACCUGCAACAACUACCAGGCCAGGAAUCAAAGGUGCGAGCUGUUCAACCAGUGCGGUACCUGCUCCUAUGAAUCGUGCGCUGUUGUCAAGAACUACACCGUGUGGAAAGUGGGAGACUACGGGGAAGUUUCUGGAAGGGACAAGAUGAAAGCUGAAAUUUACACCAACGGGCCCAUCAGUUGUGCUCUGAUGGCCACCGACAGCCUGGAAGCUUAUUCCGGAGGGAUCUUCUCCGAGUUUCACGCCCUCUCGUUGCCGAAUCACAUUGUGUCUGUGGCAGGUUGGGGUGUAGCAGAGGACGGGACCGAGUACUGGGUCGUCAGAAACUCCUGGGGAGAGUUUUGGGGGGAACACGGAUGGGCGCGGAUCGUCACCAGUGCUUACAAAAGAGGAAAAGGCAACUGGUUCAAUUUGGGUAUUGAGAAGAACUGCGCUUAUGGAGAUCCUAUUGUAACAUAAGAAAAUUCUAGUUGUGUUUAAAUUGUCCAACUGCUCUUUCUACUUUUCUGUGUUUUAUCCUAAUUUAUAAAAAACUUACACUACAAACUAUA